AUGGCAUUUCUAAGAAAACUUGUUCGACCUCGAUUUCCACUCUCCCGCCUCUUUCCUCGGUUCCUAUCAGAUGCACCAUCUUCGAAAACUCUUAAAAUAUUUUCAGGAGGGUCAUUUGUUGAUUUAAGACAGGAAAGUGGUUAUUAUUUGGAUAAGACGGCUUUUAUCUCUAAAAUAGAAGAUCUUAAUGCUAGAGCGAUACUCUCCAUACGUCCUCGUCGUUUCGGAAAGACACUAUUUCUCUCUACUUUUUCAUCUUAUUAUGACAUAAAAAACAGAGAACGAUUCGAACAACUUUUCGGGGAUUUAUACAUCGGCAAAAACCCUACACCAUUGGCAUCUUCAUUCCUCAUUCUGGACCUCAAUUUUGCUGGACUUCGCACUAGCGAAACGUAUGACGUCUUCAAUGCGGACUUUCAUGAAAGGUUGAAUGAACAUAUGUCAGAUUUUAUGCGUAAAUAUCAACAAGAGUUGGGACAUAGUUUUCAGAUAAAAGAAAACGCUUUGGCAAAUUUCGGAACGUUAUUGAAUGCAGUACGAUCGAGUGGUCACAAGCUCUAUGUUUGCAUCGAUGAAUACGAUGCUGGUAUGAACGAGGCCCUUAAAAAUGAACCCACCUUACAACAUCUUACCGCUCAUCAUAAUUCCUCAGUUCAAAGUAAAAUCAAAAAAAUUGAGAGUUCGUUCAAACAAUUCUACAGUCGUUUGAAGUAUGCUUGUGAUGCAGGUAUAGCUCGUGUUUUCCAAACUGGUGUGACUCCCGUCGCUAUGGCCGAAUUCACCUCGGGGUUUAACAUUUCGGAAGAUUUGGCGCUACGAAGAGAAUUUUGGGACUUGCAUGGGUUUAAGAAGUCAGAAGUUGAACUUUUCUUGGACAACACUCUGGGUUUGUCAUCUGAUGUUAAAGAGGGGAUAACAAAAUGGUUAAAGGAGGAAAAUGACGGAUAUUUUUUUAAUCCUUAUCAAACUGAAGGCAUUUUCAACCCUGCGAGGAUUCUUUAUUGCAUUAAACAAAUGAUGGAGCAAAAGGAAUUUAUAGACGAACGUAUUCAGGAUACUUCGAUUAUCAUCAAUAAUCUUCUUGGCUUUCCUCCCGAUCCGCAAACAAUGCCCUCUCAAACAACAUUGGACUUAAUUGUUAACAAUCCCCUUGGCAAAUCCAUCCUUACCGAGGCACUUAAUCAAUACCCUCUCGAAUCUAGAAAAGGCAUAGAACAACGAUUUCGACUCACCAAUAUUCGCGAUCUAGCAACUGAUCGUACCCCGUUAUUAUCUUUCCUGUUCUAUACUGGAGCCAUCACAUAUCAACCAAACCCAUCACCCACAUCAUUACAGCAUAGUUUUCGAAUUCCAAAUUGUAUUGCUAAAAGAGAAUUUAUCGCAGAGGCACUUAAAAUUUAUGACUGGAAGGAAGUCACUUGGGCAUACUCUGGCUCCCGAAGUGAAGAA